AGAUGCGCUUGUUUUGAGAACAAAGCGAGAGCUGCAUGUAGCCACAUGUGCACAUUUUGUUCAAAUCCUUUGCUAGUUGGUGAGUUAGUAGCCCAGUUAUAGAUCAUUUGUAGUCAGCAAUAGAAGUGAUUGCUUCAAGAGAAGAGGACAUAACAUACGUUUGUAGACAUCUUUAAAAAAGGAAGUCAGAUCCCAGUGUUCCGCUGUAAGGAUGUUGAGCCCCCUACACCCCCUAUUGGUCGUCUGGAUGUACCUCCUGGUCUCCAACCGCGCCUUCCCCGUGUACAACAACGGCUUCUUCUACCAUGACGUUAUGGACGGCGAUGGCAACGGAGAGAUCUACAUUAAGAGGGUGCGUCUCCACGUGGAGUCCCCCCAGCCCUCGGUGUCAGCAGCCAGGGGCAGUAACAUCACCCUGCCCUGUCACUACCGCUACGAGCCUGAGAUCAACGGCCCCCGCCGGACCCGGGUCAAAUGGUCUUGGCUACCCGCCAACGGCGCGGGUAAGACCGCCCACGAAACAGACGUGAUGGUCGCCAUGGGCAACCGUCACCGUAGCUACGGCAGCUUCCAGGGGCGUGUACGCCUGCAUCGGGCGGCACCGGGGGACAUGUCCUUGGUGAUCAACGAGCUGCACCAGAACGACACGGGCCGCUACCGCUGUGAGAUCAUCGACGGGCUAGAAGACGAGAGCGUGACGGUGGAGCUGGAGCUGCGAGGAGUGGUAUUUCCCUACCAUUCCAAGAUGGGACGCUACCAUUUCAACUUCCUGGGGGCCCAGCGUGCGUGUGAGGAGCAGGACUCAACCCUGGCCACCUUUGAGCAGCUCUUCGCCGCCUGGGAUGAGGGGCUAGACUGGUGCAACGCCGGCUGGUUAGCUGACGGGACGGCUCAGUACCCAAUCACCACGCCGCGGGAGGCCUGUGGAGGCGUGGACUUAGCCUCCGGUCUCCGUAGUUAUGGACAACGCCACCGCCACUUCCACCGCUUUGAUGCCUUCUGUUUCUCAGCCGCCCCCAAGGGUCAGUGGACAGUUUACUUCCUGAAAGGUCCCCGUAAGCUCAACUUCACCGAAGCGGUGGCGGCGUGCACCACAGACGGCGGUCUCAUCGCAAAGGUGGGCCAGCUCUAUGCCGCCUGGCGGUUCAUGGGAUUGGACCGCUGCGACGCAGGCUGGUUGGCUGAUGGGAGCAUCCGUUACCCCAUUGCAAAGGCCCGCCCUAACUGCGGCCCUUCAGAACCGGGGGUGCGGAAUUUGGGAUUCCCCCCUCUGCAUCAGAAAUACAGUGUCUACUGCAAUCGGUAAACCUCCCCUCAACUUCCACUCAACAAAAACCAGAGGACAAUAAUAGUAAAGAGCACAACUACAGUACAACAGAAAGCACAUACAACUUCCCCAUUCAUCACAAACGGUGCACUGUUACACAACCCUUGCCUGGAUGCUAGUUAGCAUUAGCCAGUUCUGCUAUCACAGUGUCCACUUUAUAGUUCUAGUGAACUGUCGACAUCUCCUCAUACUGUACAUAAUAUCAGUCAUACCGCCACUCCCCACUGAGACGCCAACCAGAACUGAUACACAAACGGACUAUUUAGUGUUGUAUUGCCAGGUUUGUGUUACAGUAAAGGGUCGUUACAUUUCAGACUCAGAGAAGGUGUUCAACCACUGCAAGGCCCGCCGCUCUCAUAAUGCUUUGCCAGUGAUUUUGUUGUCCAACCAAGCUCUUUCCCUUGGUGUUUUGUUGAACUGUAUGUAGCUAUCUCAUUGUUCCUGCAGCACUUUCAGUUCAAUGUAUGUAAUUCAUCGUUUUAGGCACAUUUCUGGAUAUCUGGAUUAUCCUUCUAUGUUAAAAUGUUUUUCUUGUUUUGUAUAAGGGUUGAAUUGGAAUGAUGCAUUUGAUGACGAUGGGGGUAUAUAGACUAUGUCAUGAUGGAAGGUGUUUUGACAGUAUCUGAUGACCACCCCUUGUAGAGAGCACGGUGUUGAAGUGUUCCAUCCAUAUUAUGCGACUUUAAUCAAGUUAUGUGACAUGAAUAACUUUUCUAACAAAUGAAUGAUGCCCUCCCUCCUUUGACGUUAUCACUUGCGUCGGCAGGAUUGUGGGUUCAGUACCUGGGGCCACCCAUACGCAAAAUGUAUUCACGCAUGACUAUAAGGCUCUUGAGACAAAAGCAUCGACUAAAUGGCAUAUAUAUUAAAUGGAAUAAAAUCAUGUUUGAGUUUACACCCCAAUAUUGCACUUUAUAUACAUAACAGAAGACUGAAAUAUAACAAACACCAGAUUUUCUACAAGGUUUCCAAAAAAAAAAAUGCUUAUAUCGGGUAUGAAUGUGAGACCCAGAGGCAGACAGG